AUCAACUUCAGCAAAACACUGAAAUUUCUCAGAAUCAAGAACAUCAAACUCCAAGAUGAUUUUGCUGUUCCUCUUGUUUGGUCUCUCUCUGGCUGCUGUGGUUCCUUCAGACAGACAGGAGAUGACACUACAGCGGGGCGGCUGUCCCCCGUUCUGGUUCAUCUUCAAUGGACGCUGCUACAAGUACGUUGCCACCUUGAUGACCUGGGCUGAUGCAGAGCAGCACUGUGUGACCCAAGGAGCCAACCUGGUGUCCAUCCACAGUCUGGAAGAAGAGAACUUUGUCAAAAUGCUGAUCAGAAACUUUGAUCAUGCUGAGGGAGCCAACUGGAUCGGACUGUCUGACGCUCAGAAGGAUGGAACAUAUUUCUGGUCUGAUGGGUCUCGAUUCAACUUCAAGCUGUGGAAUGCAGGAGAACCAAACAACUCAGGAGGAUCUGAACCGUGUGUGCACACCAACUGGGACUCAGCCAAGAGAUGGAAUGAUAAAGUGUGUACAGACAAAUUUUCCUCCGUUUGUAAAGCUCGCCUAGAUUUGCAAUAGCUGCUGACAAUGUUAUUCUAAAUCUGUUCAGAUGUUUUAAAUGUGUUGAUCAUAAAAGGUGCAAAUGUUUUGUAUAAUUUGUUUAUAAUUUUACCUUGCCUUAUCACUCCUUAUAAAUACUUCUUUGUAGUGAUGGGUAGAUGAGGCGUCAUGUAUUGUUUCGACACAUAGCAAAACUGUGUCGAUUCUGUGUUGAUACUGUGUCACUCAAUACUGACACCUGCUGGACAUUAAAAAUUCCUACAGGCAACGUAGUGA